GAUUCUUGUAAAUAAGGUAUAUUGUCGUGGUCUUCUGAUGACCAACCCGUAUUGCGCGCGCGCGCAAAGCCACAAACAAAAGGGUGUUGUAGUAAGAUUUUUUUAAAGGCAUUUAAAGUAUAUCAGAGAAUAUCCUAUUACAAAAUCAUUGUUGGAAUUGACAGAGAACUGGUCCAGCGGAACUGAAGAAUAACAGUGAAGCGCAGAGUACUGUCUUGCGCUUUGUAUGUGCUUUAGUCAGAGCAACUGAGUAAAAAGGUGCUAAAAUGGUGCUACAAUUGUUGCUGUUGUCAGCGUGUAUUAUCAGCACCGCAUUUUGUCGGAGUUUACCGGACGGUUCAGCCGACCUAGUUGAGAUAUUUGAAUUAAAUAAUCAAACAAAUGGCGUGACGAAAGUGAACAAAUUCUGUCAUGAUGCCGCGUACGAAUUGGACAAAACCGCCAAACUUAUGAUAGACACGAGCAAAGCGUUUUCCAAUGGUUUCAACCUGGAUAGCUUCUCAAUUUUAAUGACAGUAAAAAUGAAGAAAGACACGAAAGGACACAUCUUCACUGUGUACUCUGAAAGUAGUACACCAGUCCUUUCAAUAAAAGCAAAACCUCUGAAACUGGAGCAUAAAGACGGUUUAAUAGAUUUGGAUGUGGAAGAAUACAUAACGGAUGAUAUGUGGCAUACUAUUGCAAUUGGAGUCACUGAAAAUGCGAUUGAAGUGCUCAUCGACUGUCAAAGUGUGACAUACAAAAGACGAGGACAAUUUGCAAAUGGCAUUAUCAGAGGCGGUCAUAUUCUACUUGGUCAACGUUUCACAGGAGAAAGUUUUGAGGGUUCCAUUGAAGAAGUAACCAUCAUCCCAGGAAACGCCAAUAAGGCUGUCGCAUAUUGUAGCGAUGUAGAGAAAUGCAAAAUCAAAGUAACAAAAAGUGAUCGCGUACCAGAACCAGUUGAGAUUGUAUCAAAACCAACCGUAGAGAACAACAUUCAAUCAGCUGAGCAGAUUCCCGACGAAUUCGUUGUUGUCGAUGGAAACACUUAUUAUAUUAAAGGCGACCAAGGUCCUCCUGGUCCACCCGGCGCACGUGGUGCACCAGGACAAUCAGGUGAAGGUGGCUCACAAGGACCGCCCGGAUCUCCAGGACCACCGGGUAAUCCCGGACGUGACGGACCAGCAGGUGAACCUGGACCACCAGGAGCCCCAGGACCAAGUAUUGAUAUCGAUAUGGGUAGAUUGUCAGGAGCAUUGAGUGGAUCGAGUGUUGGUAAAGGACCAUCACCAGCAUCAAUGAGAGAAUUGUUCAGUGGUCUUUCAUCAGGUCCAGGACCACGAGGCCCACCGGGUAAACCUGGUAAACCAGGAUCUCAAGGUUACUCUGGUCCACCAGGUCCACCAGGCCCCCCUGGAGCAAACGGAGAAAUGGGUCCACCAGGUACAAAUGGACCACGUGGUCCACCGGGACGACCAGGACCACCAGGAAAACGAGGCAAUGACGGACCAACAGGACCUCAAGGUCCACCAGGGCCUAAGGGUGAAAGAGGUUUUGACGGAAUGCAGGGAUUGCCAGGACCUAAAGGACAUAAGGGUGAGAGGGGACCACAAGGUGAAGCUGGACAAAAAGGAGAAAUGGGCGAAAGGGGAGAUAAUGGUGAAACUGGACCACGAGGAGCACCUGGGGAAAGAGGUAACGCUGGAGAACCAGGAAUGCGAGGACCACCCGGUCUUCGUGGACAAAGCGGCCCACCUGGUGAACGAGGUAGCCCUGGGCCUCGAGGACCUCAGGGAGAUCCAGGUGUGAAUGGUAAUCCUGGAAGUCCAGGAAUCCGUGGACCACCUGGACCUCCAGGAGCUCAAGGAGCAACAGGCGGAACGGGAGAGAAAGGUGAACAAGGAAAGCCAGGAUUACCAGGUUUUCCAGGAAUGGAUGGUUCUCCAGGUCUUCCUGGAGCAGAAGGUCCAGCUGGUCCCAAAGGAGAUACAGGUCCACCAGGACAAGCUGGUCCCCCAGGUUAUCCUGGACCAAGAGGACAAAAGGGUUCAACUGGAACUCAAGGUUUAAGUGGACCAAAAGGUGAACCGGGUGAGCCAGGUAAUUCUGGAGAAAAAGGAGAUCAAGGUCCUAAAGGUGAUCAGGGCACUGCUGGAAAUCCUGGUCUCCCAGGUCCAGAUGGUCCAGAGGGAAAGAAGGGUGUUCAAGGCAUUUCUGGUCCACCAGGGCCUCCAGGAGCUCCAGGAGCAAAGGGUGAUCGCGGUGAACGAGGUUUACCUGGCUACACAGGACCACCAGGCUUAAAAGGAUCAACAGGUCCACGAGGAUAUCCUGGACGACGAGGAGAAAAAGGCUCACGGGGAAGCAGUGGACCUCCAGGACAACCUGGAGCAAGAGGUCGAAGAGGUCCUGCUGGAGAACGUGGCGCAUCAGGAUCACCAGGAUCUCCAGGAUCUAAGGGAUCAACAGGUUUAACAGGAGCUCCAGGAGAACGUGGUGCACCCGGGGCACCAGGACCUCAGGGUCCAAGAGGAUUACCUGGAUCUGAUGGAAAUCCUGGAUCUCAGGGAAAACCUGGACCAGCAGGAUUACCAGGACCUCGAGGUGAACCUGGUAAUGCUGGCAAACCAGGCAAUCAAGGACCAAGUGGAUUACCAGGACCAAGGGGACCACAAGGAGAGAAGGGACCACAAGGUGAACCUGGACAGCAAGGCAGAAUGGGAGCACCAGGUCAACCAGGUGCUGCUGGAGAAAAAGGAAACGCUGGAGCUAAGGGUGAUCGUGGCCCAGCAGGAGAACAAGGUUCAGCCGGUAGCCCUGGUUCUCCCGGUGCUGUUGGACCCAAAGGUUCAAGAGGUUUACCAGGGGCACCUGGUGAGAAAGGAAAUGAAGGACCCUCAGGAGUAACAGGACCACCUGGUCCACCAGGAAGCCCGGGUGCACCAGGACAGUCUGGAAGUGCCGGAUCACCUGGACGUCCUGGUCCACAGGGCGCAACAGGUCCAAGUGGCGAGAAAGGUGAUACAGGACCAGAAGGACCACAGGGUGACCCAGGAUCUGAUGGAAAAGCAGGAUCACCAGGUUUGCCUGGCCCACAAGGACCCGCAGGUCCCCCAGGACAAGAAGGAGAAAAGGGUAACCAAGGAAAUGCAGGUGAACCUGGUAAACCAGGUGAGCCUGGUGCUCCAGGAUCACAAGGUCCUCCAGGACCAUCUGGACAACAGGGACAAAUGGGACCACCGGGAUUAUCGGGUGAACGCGGACCUCAAGGGCAAACUGGACCAAGAGGUGAAAAGGGAUCUGAUGGACCACGAGGUUUCCCAGGACCACCAGGAAACCCUGGGAUGUCGGGCGCACAAGGCCAAAGUGGACCUAAAGGUGAUCGUGGGGAUCCAGGGCGUCAGGGACCACCUGGAGGUAUAGGUGCACGAGGUGAGCCUGGCAUGGCUGGUGAAAAGGGUGAACAAGGAACAACAGGACCUCCAGGACCAUCAGGAAGAAGGGGGUCAAAGGGUGAUCAAGGAGAAAAAGGUGAUCAAGGAGCACAAGGUCCUCAAGGUCCACAAGGUCUUCAAGGUAACCCAGGUGAAAAGGGUGACCCAGGAGUAUCUGGUGUCCAGGGUGUAAGUGGCAGUAUUGGUGCUCCAGGAAGUCCUGGAAUCAAGGGUGAACCAGGUCCACCUGGACCAAUUGGCCAACCUGGAUCGCCUGGUCCACAAGGACCAAAGGGAGAGCCUGGUCAGGAUGGUAGUGAUGGUUCCAAAGGUGAUCAAGGACCAAUUGGUCCACCUGGUCAACCUGGCGAUGACGGUCCUCCAGGACCCCAGGGUAAUCCUGGUCGCCCAGGACGAAAAGGAAGUGCUGGUGAACAAGGCUUACCAGGAAGCAAAGGCGAUCAAGGUCUUCCUGGACCACCAGGUGAAAAUGGACAGAUGGGACCACCGGGACCACAAGGUCCACAAGGAGCUCAAGGUGAACGAGGUCAACGAGGACAAACGGGUGCACAAGGUCGUCCUGGUGCUGCUGGUCAACCUGGUGGUCGUGGUCCAGUUGGGGCACCAGGAGAGCCUGGACCAAGUGGAGCACCUGGUCGUGAUGGCGCUAAAGGUUAUCCUGGUUUCUUCGGACCUCCAGGACCUCAAGGGCCACCUGGUGAAAAGGGUGAUGAAGGUGAACGUGGAUCUCCAGGACCAUUUGGACCCAAGGGUGACCGCGGACCAAACGGUAAUCGUGGACCAAGUGGACCUCCAGGACCGCCAGGACCACCUGGAGCAACUGGACCAAUUGGAGUUAAAGGCGAAAUCGGACCCAUGGGACCAGCGGGUGAUCUAGGACCACCGGGACCUCCAGGACCACCUGGACCUCCAGGAACUGUUGCAAGUGCUUCCUUUAUCGGUGGAGUACCCGCAGAAACUGGGUCUUAUAAGGGUCGAACUAAACGAUCACUUGAUGAUGUUAAUGAACCAUUUUUAUCUGGAGCUGAAGAAAUGGCGGCGUCCAUUGAAUCGAUCAAGAAAGAAAUUGAAGAAAUCAGACGACCAAGUGGUACACAAACAAACCCAGCAAGAAGCUGUAAAGAUCUUUACCUAUGCAACAAAGGCAAAGAAAAUGGUUUUUACUGGAUCGAUCCAAACCAAGGUUGUCCAGAUGAUGCUGUUCGCGUCUUCUGUAACUUUGAAGAAGAAGGUGAAACUUGUGUUUUCCCCGACGAUGCCACAGCUAAGGUACAACCUAAGACUUGGUCACGAAGCUCUGACGAAGAUGUUUACUUCAGCGAAUUCAACGGAGGAAAAACUAUUACGUAUACGAACGUUGGCAAAGUACAACUCACAUUCCUGCGAUUACUAAGUGAGAGCGGUAAACAGAACUUUACAGUGUCUUGCAAAAACUUCAUUGCUUGGUACGACAACAGCAACCAGAACUUCGCAAAAUCAAUUAUCCUACAAGGCGACAACGAGCAAGAAUUCUCCUUUGACAGUAACAAAAGCAAACUAAAGACUCUUAGAGACGGAUGUGCGGAAAAAGGUGAAGACAAAACAGUAUUCGAAAUAGAAACAGAAAAACUCAACCAACUUCCCAUUGUGGACUUCAUACCAAGAGACUGGAACGAGGAGGCAGAGUUCGGUUUUGAAGCCGGUCCACUUUGUUUCAGAUAACUCUCUUUAAUAAGCCUUUCAUGACACACAUAGUUUAAACUAUCGUGUAUUACAUACUGCGAAAAGAAAAAUAAAGAUAAAUAGUUUUCCGACUUCAUUCCGUUACAUAAUGUUCAAAACUAGCAAAAAAGGAUUCCCAUUUGACUGUCUUUUCUUUAGCAUGUAAUACUAAACUUGUGCAUAUUUUUUUCUUCUACUAACAGUUGUUAUUUUGGCAAUUAAGAUCUUGAAUUUUCAUUGAAAAUAUAUUAGUAAUAAUGUAACGAUGAUUGCAUUUCAAGGGAAAACAUGUUAUGUAAUGUUCACCUGCUUCGUAAUAUCGCGAUAAAAACAAAGAACAAUUCAAUGGGUAGAGAACAGUGGUCAAAACCCAGUAAACUUACUUAUAUAUUUACUUUAACAGGUCCGCUGUACAUGAGAAAUAAAAUACCAUUGGCUUAAAUACAAA